CCUCUCACCUGAUCUCCGUUUCACAGUGCAAGUGCAUCCAUCGAACCAAGGACAAGGGCAGUGUCCAAAUUACCACCACCUUUCGCGAAUCCUGCAUUCCUGCUGCACACUUCCUUCGACUGCUUGAUUUGCAGAUCAGAAAGUAGCAACACAGUUUGUUGCUUGCUACGGUAUCUCUGACUCUUCAUGUGCCACAAGAAUAUUUACGAGGGGGGCAGUGAGAGACCGAGGAAGAUGGUGCUGGUGGAGAGCAUUGGCAAGUACAGGGUUGGCCGGACCAUCGGCGAGGGCUCCUUCGCCAAGGUGAAGCUCGCCGUCGACACGGAGACCGGCGGCACCGUCGCCGUGAAGGUCAUCGACAGGAGCACGGUGCUCAAGAACAACCUCAUGUAUCAGGUGAAGAGAGAGAUCAGCGCGAUGAAGCUUCUCAAUCACCCCAACAUAGUUAAGAUACACGAGGUGAUCGCGACGAAGACCAAGAUAUGCCUGGUGAUGGAGUAUGUUCCAGGAGGGCAGCUGUCUGACAGGCUAAGUUACCACAAGAGGUUGGAUGAGAGGGAAGCAAACAAGUACUUCUACCAGUUGAUUGAUGCUGUGGACUAUUGCCACCGCAGAGGCGUCUUCCACAGGGAUCUCAAGCCAGAAAACCUUUUGCUAGAUAAUCAAGGCAAUCUCAAGGUAUCUGAUUUCGGACUCAGUGUUCUAAGGAAGCCAGGGCAGUUGCUAUCUACAUCUUGUGGCUCGCCGUGUUAUGUGGCUCCUGAGGUGAUUCAGCACAAAACUUACGAGGGGGCAGCUGCGGACAUCUGGUCAUGUGGUGUGAUCCUGUUCGAACUUCUUACUGGUUAUCUGCCAUUUCAAGACCAUAGCUUCACAAACUUGUACCGAAGGAUAUCUCGAGGGCAGUUUGCUUUCCCACAGUGGAUCACGCUUCCUCAGAAGAAGAUUAUCUUGAGCAUACUGGAUCCAUCUCCUAUAACGAGAGCAAAAAUAAGCGAUAUUUUCAAUGACAAGUGGUUCCAAGAGUGUUACAAGCCUUCAAUAAGGACAACAGAGAGUGUUUAUUGUGAUGAUUGUGUUGAUCUUGAAGAAGCCAGCACAGAUAGUGAUAGCAGCCGUAACACGCAGGUAAGGGAAGCUGAAGAAGCAAGUCCGGAGCCUAGCCGGUUCAUUAAUGCGUUCCAGUUGAUAGCAACGUGCAGCGAUCUCGAUUUGUCAGGACUCUUCCAGGAGCAGAAAACAAAGCUCGGCUCGCCGCACGCGGUGCAGGAGACACUGAAGAUGAUCAGGGUUGCAGCCCGGGAUGUGAGCUUGUCCGUGAGGAGAAUGAGCAACUCCAUGGUGAAGCUUCAGGACAUCAGAUUGCUAUCAAGAAGCAUGCUAGAUCUUACUCUCUCGGCAGAGGUGAUUGAGGUGACUGAAGCACACUGUGUCGUCGAGGUGUCCAAGUCCACCGGUGAUCUGAGAGCAUACAAAGAGUUCUGCACAAGCUUGUGGAGACUGCUCAAUGAGGAGCAGUGUGGUAGCUCAUCUAAUAUCUAGGAUGUUUCGAUGGUGGGCGGUACACUUCGCACCAAGCACUUGGUGCUCAAUGAAUGCUACCCUGGUUAAUCAAACUCUCUCUAUAAUUUCACAGAAACUUUGUGGUUUAUACAGCCAUUCCAUGACAAAGGUUCGUGACUCAUAGGCACCGUAUCACUGAUUCCAUCACUGACUGGAUGUUUUUUACAAGUAUAAAUAAACCAAGGGUAUUCCGGACCAAGAGUGAAGUACCCAGCUCAGUGGUUUUACAUGUCCCUAUUGCAAUGCUUGUGCCAUGGUUGAGCGAUAAGAGAGCUGUUGCUCGUACAGGGACCUGAAUAUCUGAUAUUUGGCAUCGUGGUAUUUCUUCACCCUGGGAUCCGAAGACGGAUGCACUACCUACAAAAAUAACCUUUUUGGUUUACAACUGGCAAAUUAAAAAAAAUGGAAGAUUUUGACUGACAGUGUAUGCAUUUUUAGGAAGAAAAUGGUGCAUGUUUGAUGAUUAGCAUGCUUUCUAGGGUGUCUAACAAUACAAAUACAAAUACAAAAUUGAAGCCGAUUCUUUUUUUUCUUUGAAAUAGGAGGGUUUGGCACAUGCCUUUCCUGCUGCAUUCAGUGACUUCAUUGCAUCGCGAACGCCUGAAAACUUCUUUGCAGCAACAGCACCCAGAAUAGAAGCGCCUAAAAGCACUGACUCGUUCUCUCUAGGAAGUACUAUUGGACAUCCUGCAAAGAAGAAGUUAAAUUCACAGAUUAGGGAGGAGAGAAUAUGGAGGUGACUGCAGGAAGAGGAGACUUACCGAUGAUAUCUGCAUGUUCCUGGAUAUACAAGGAGUUCUUUGCAAGUCCGCCACAAGCAAGAAGAGUGUCGAUCUAAUACAUGAAAAAGUAUAUAUUAUAGGCAUCCAAUUACAUACUAAGUUCCGAAUCCUUGUAGAAAAUAAUUACCUUGUGUCCAUGAGCAUUGCAAUGCUCCACAAUAUGACGAGUUCCAUACGCAAUACCCUGAAUCGUUGCUAGGUACAGAAGCGCUAGCUGCUUUUCACUUGUAUCAAGUGUCAAGCCACAAAUCACUCCUUUGGAUUUUGGAUCACCAACAGGGGACCUAACCAUCCGAAUGGUUUUACAUUCAGGUGCAGUGGAAGUGUAUAAUUUGGUGUCAGGUAAACAUUAACCAACAUUGAGUUUUGCAAGUGUAUCAUCUAGUGUUAGUUUUUUUUUUUGAAAGAUCCAUCAAAUGCUGGCCUUUUUGUAUUAAGCAGUGUCAGGUAAAUAUUAACCAAAACAUUGAGGGGGAAUAACAAAAUUGUGUGCAGCUGAUCAGGUGUGCAAUGUCACAAUUCUGGUAGAUUUAUUUUCUUAGGAACAACUGAGAUUGCUAGCUGUCUCACUGAUUAUGUUCGGUUGCCAUAUCAUUAGUUGAGUACAUCUCAUUCGAAUGACAAGAAAAGAGAACUGCUUUUGUAAGCACAUUACAUAAAGCUAAAUGCACCUAGUGUUUACCAUC